UAGAAAUUGUCACAAUAAUGACAGUUGUACAAGAAUUUACAUAAGUGUUGAAGUGUAUGGUAUAGUUAUACUCGUCAUACUUGACCAAUACAGAAUACAGUGCAUUGAUUGAUGCAGUGUUGGUGUUUGUGUGGUGAAAAAGAAAUAAAAUGAAAAUAUUAAAAAAAAAUAGAAUUGAUAACAAUUAUAAAUACAUACACACAUUGCUAUAAUGUUCAAUUUAUAUUUGACCCUUAUAUCAAUCCUUGAUCUUUGUGUGUUGUUGAUAGUGUCAUAACUCUGAUUAAAACUUCAGAAAUGUUUAGUGGUUCACCUUCUUGUGUGUCUCCAACAGAAACAAUAAACAUGUUUAACAAAGAAGCUAACAAAGAUAAAGAGAAGCCUGAGAAGGAGGCAAUUCAUUCAGGACAUUUUAUGGUCUCACAUUUUGAGGCAGAGGCUCAAGAUGAUGAGGAUGAGUUAGCUGUACCUGUACCCGAAGUAAAUGAACCCAAACAUGAAAUUGUGACUAUCAAACCUAACAAAGAAAAAUACCAGCUGCAACGUAAAAACAAUCAUAGGCCCCAGAUUGGGAUUGAUACAAGUUUAUCAAAAUUGUUUCAAUGCAUGUCCUUAGCCUAUAGACAAAAGUUAACCUCACCUAAAUGGAACCGUUUUAGAGGCAUACGAUUGAGAUGGAAAGAUAAAAUUAGAUUAAAUAAUGUUAUUUGGAGAUGUUGGCACAUGCAGUUUAUUAAAAAGCAAAAUACAUUGAUUUGCCAAUUUGCUUCUCCACUAGAUGUUGAUACACAUAAUAAACCAGAGGCUGUAGUCUUAGAAGGAAAGUAUUGGAAACGAAAAUUAGCAGCCGUUACAGCAGAAUACAAAAAAUGGCGAAUGUUUUAUCGAAAUCAGACUUUUGGUCACUCGCGCGACACUACAGACAUGCUAACAGAAAUGGAGCUUCUAGUAUGGCAUUCACAAGCUGUAGAUGAGAGUAUGAUGGUUGAUGAAGAUUACAUGGGUUUAAUGAGUGACACCCUCUUUUCAACAAUAGGAAAUCAACCAUUUCAAUUUCCAGAUACAAGAGAAAUUGCUAAAGCAGGUUUGGCAGACUUUAUUCAACCUAGUUUGGGACCAUUGCAACCAAAUUUAGAUGAUUACAUGGACACGUUUGAACCAUUUCAUGAAUUACUAUCUGGAAAAUUAGCAACUGUACCAGAAGAAAACACAAAUUACAAUUUGUAUAAGCAUGUUAAUUGGGAUUAUCCAAAUAUGGUAUUAAUGUCUAAUCAAAAUGUGCAGAUGCUAGCAUCAAAUAAUGUUAUGGAUGAUUAUGGAAACACCAUUCAUAAUAUUGAUAUAAAAUCUGGUUUAGAUGACAAUAGACAGAUACAGCAAUAUUCUUCAUCAGUUCAGAACUAUAACGGAAAUAGUUCUUUAUUAUAUAAUUCAUCUGAUAUGAUCUCAAAAAAUAUGAAACCAAUGAUUGACGUUACUCCUUUGCAGAAACUAGAUCAAACAUAUCCCACAAAAAAUAUUCAGAAUACAUUUUCAGCUUUCCCGCAAGGUGUUGAAGUUGUUACUAAUAGUUUAACACCUGAUAUUCGAUUACAAACACCAACUCAUGACUUUAAAUUGAAUCACAGCCCAACUGAAGAUAUGGGUUACAAAUUUAUGCCUCCGGCUACGCCUAAUCCGAAAUUUGCAUCUUCUAUAUCACAAAGUGUAAAAUUUACAUCACAAAAAGAAGAUAAAGCUCCAACAAGAGGAAGAGGAAUACGAGGUAGACCGAGAUCAAGAUCAAAUACUAGGGAACCUACGAAAAAGCCUCCCUUGAUAUCAGCAGCUAGUGAUCCAUCUCUUUUAAAUUCUAGCAAUAGCGCAUUAUUGACACAAUUACUUACAAAAGAGAAUAAUUCUUUUAUGCAGCAAAAUCAGAGGGUCACAAAUUCCCAUGAUAAUAUACGAAUAAAAGAUGAGAUGCAACCAAUUCCAAUUCUUCCCCAACCAUCGGCAACUACACUUAUUAUUACCACACCUGUUAAUAUAACACCAAUGCAUGCAAAUUUAAAUGAUCCGUUGUUAUUGAAUACAAUGAGUGCAUCGAAUAGUCCCAUAUUAGAAAACAAUCCAUGUUUGAAUUCACCAACUUCGUCACAAGGAUCAAUGGGCUCACCAACUAGGGAUCCUCAAAAUAGAGAUCAACGAAGAGUUGGUCAUAUACACGCUGAACAGAAACGACGUUAUAACAUAAAAAAUGGAUUCGAUAUGAUCCAUUCCCUUAUUCCACAACUAAAUAAGAAUCCAAACGCAAAAUUAAGUAAAGCUGCAAUGUUACAAAAAGGUGCAGAAUACAUUAAGCAGCUUAGGGUAGAAAGGAAUUCAAUAAAAAAUGAGAUGGAUAACCUCAGGCAGGAGAUAGAUACAUUGAAUGCAUCUAUAAGCAACUGCCAGUCUUUACUGCCCGCAACUGGUGCACCAGUUUCAAGAAGAAGAGACAAUAAAAUGCAAGAAAUGUUUGAUGAAUAUGUACGUAGUAGGACACUGGAAGACUGGAAAUUUUGGAUAUUUAGUUUAUUAUUUAGACCAUUGUUAGCGUCUUUCAACAAUUUUGUAUCAACUUCAAGUAGAGAGGACCUCUAUAGAUCUACUUUAAAUUGGAUUGAACAACAUUGUACAUUAGUGGAUCUUAGACCUGUUGUUCUUAACUCGCUGAGAUAUUUAUGUACAAAAACAGAUAUUCUGUCAGAACCAGAAAAGUUACCAGAUGAAGCACAACAAAUUGUACUUUCAAAACAAAACCAACAGUCUAUGUAACAUAAUUUGUAAUACA